UUCACUGAGUGAAGUCUGCUUGUGUUCCAGUGUUCUUAUUGUCUGCAUUGGAUGAAUCCUCAUUGGCGGUAGAUAAUAUAGACAGUCUCCUCGUCACGGUUGUUGUACACAUCCCCGUCGCUGGAUAUUUCUUGCGACAUUUUUCCAUUUCUCCUUCCUUUCUCUUUUCUGGUGAUUUAGACGUUUAGAGAACGUCGAGGUUUGGUCGUGUAGAACUUCACCAUCAUGGAGUUGACAAUGACUAGACUACUUCUGUUGACUAUCGUCGGCGCCAUUUUAUCCGUUUCUAAGGUAUCCUCAAACCCAGCCUGGGCAACUCGAGCAAACAAAAGAUCUGAGCUUAAAGAAGCACUGGAGUUUCUGAAGAAGCAUCUACGCGAAAACGAAGAAGCCUUCGCUACAGGAUCUAGACGUAUGGAAACCGAUGGCUUUCCCUCGAGGCAGACGGGAAAAUUCGGACAAGUGGUUGACACAAGGCCUAUGUACGACCAAAGGUUUAAUUUUGGAAAGCAGAGAGAAACACCAAAAAUAGAGCCAGUUGAGAUGUUUAUGAAUGAGCAAAUGGCAUCGGAUGAUGAACUGUCGUUUGCUAUUCCAGAAGAAGCUGAUCUGGAUGAUUCACUCUCGUCUGAAGGCGAAUUUGUCGAAGGUGUAAUUGCCGAUUUUAUUGCCAAGGAAAUCUUAGACGAAAUACAAUUGGACAAACGACCAGCUAAAGAUGAUAAACCGUUGAAUACGAUAGAAGACAGUUAUGUGGGAAUCCUAGAUGAAAGUCCUGUCGUUUCGUUCGACUCUGCUGAGGAGAAUGAAAAUUAUGAACGUUUUCUGGCCAGAACUGAAAAUCAGGAAGAAAAACCUUUAGACACUAAUUUACCGGACAACGAAUUCGACCAAGAUCUUCUAGAUGAGCUUAUGAUGACGUAUUUUGCUGACAAUGGAGGAGGGCAGGAAACUGCCAAUAUCCCAUUAACCAAUGAAAACCAAGAGGAGAGUGUUAACGAACCAAUAUUGACCGAAGAAGAAAGAAUUCUGGCUGAGACCAUUCUACAUGAAAUCGAGGAGGAAUUAGAGCGGGAAAAAAUUAGGCAAGCAGAGUCGGAAAAAAUGAAAAAACCUACAGCCCCUCCACCAGAUACAGCUGCCUCUUGUCCAAUUCUUGGUUUUCUAGUUGAUGAUUGUGAAAUAGCUACGAUUGAUGGUAUUGACGGUGAUGGGUAUAAGCAAGAGUUUCGACAGCCAUGUAACUGGCACCAAAUAUGUUAUACAUGCGGAGCUGGUUACGGAAUUUCUCAAGAUAUCUGCGACGAAGCUUUUUAUUUGGAAAUGCUUUCAAGGUGUGAUAACUCCCCAACGUGCGUCGACAGAGCUGAUUUCUUCUUACUUGCUGUUACGGAAGACAGAAUUCCAAUAAGGAACUCGCCUAGUGUGUGUCAAAGAAAAUGUUUGAAAGAUUUCCUGCUUGGGCUUGAUGGAUAAUCAGAAGAUUUUCUAGACCUGGGAGAGAAGUUUGCAUGCAAGACAAAACUGGACGUAGCAACACCAAGUUUGAAAACCUUGUGCCUGGGAGGAAGUUUUUUUCAUAAUGAUUAAGAAUAUUUUGAUCUUUUUUAUAUUUUGUUGAUUAUGCGAACAUUGCAGACAUUGGCGUUUUUAAAUCAAAUGGUAGGCAUAUCUGGCAGUGGAUUUGAGUGGGAAGGCAGCUUAUUACCUUCAUCAACCAUGGGGAUUUUUUAAAUAAAUAAUUCCCAUGAAAAAAACACUAUAAAAACACUAAAUAAACACUAAACACACUAAACUAAAGUGUAUCCAAGAUAUUAAAUCAACUAAUUUUUAGAAAUUUUAGAAUACAGGGCAUUGAGACAGAUUCCCAUAAUCGAUUAAUAUUUCUAUACUACGCCAACAUUUUCAUGAAAUAAUUAUAAACCUACUUCCGUUUUUAUGGGUAGUACACAAUAAUGGUAGAUAUAUUAUAUAAUGUUUAAAUCCACCUAUGGUUUCUGUAAACAUAUUCCUCAAUAAUGGUGACUCCCCAUUAUAAAUAUCCGAUAUUACUACUUUUAUCAACACGAUGUGAAUUUCGUUUCAAUGAUCUAAAUGAAAUUGGACAAUAACUCUGAUGUACAACAGUUAUGCGCAAUUCCAGACUCGCAAUGAUUAAAAAAAGUACACGAUUAUAAACGUUGGACUGUUCGCUCUUUUUACGACCAGGACGCAGUGGCGUUUCCAGGAGUCUUGAAUUGGGUGUGGGGGCUGAUGUGGGAGGGGGUGGGCGAAGAUGGAGUGGGGGAACACCCUACCCCUAGAUACGUCACUGUCUGAACGAGCAUUGGGAUGCUGUCUGGGAUUAUAACGGCCAUGUGUAUAGAACGCAGCAUUAUUCAUCCAUCAUUCUCUGUUGUUUAGAGUACCGUACGUUACGUCGUGUAAAUUGAUGUUUUGCUCGUCAGGACCAAGUCAUGUGAAACAAAGGUGUAAUUUUCGAUGCGAUGUUCUUUUGUGAUUUUUCUUUCUGACAAAAAAAAAAUAAAUUGUAAUCGUCUAUUUUAGAGGCACGUAUACAAGGCCUAUCCAAACCACAAUUUGAUUAUUUCGUAUAUUAUAGUUCAUGUGUUGGUGUUUUUAGCACUGCCUGGCUUUCACAUUUCAUCCCAUUGCCAAAGUAUGAUAAUAUCUAGAAAUAUUAAUGAAUAUUAUACCGUAUUUAAAGGGGAAAAUAGGUUUGAGAUGGAACCUUAAUAGUAAGGGUAAAACAGGCAAAAAGAUGUCCUUUGCAGUCAAGUGACUACAUAAUAAGCACAAUUCGGAUUCUUUUCCGUAUAGUAAGUUCUUGUGUUAGAAUAAAAUGUGUAUUAACUAUUUUUUAAUUGUAUGGCUUGUUUUGUGAUAUAAGAAUUCAAUUGGCAGUUAGUUCAAAGAUUAUGACGUCAGAUAAACCAUCCGUUGCAAUUUGCAAUCAAUCUCCGAUUGAUAACAACAUCAUUGUAUUAUGACGAUUGAUUUUAGUGUAGUGAAGGAGAUGCCGUUUAGUAUUAUUAUUCAUGCGAUGGCUAUUUUCUGUAAAAGAUAAAUGGAACUUAAGAGAUUCACUCCUUAGAAAAAGUCGUAUGUUACAAAAGGAUGUUAAUAAAUAACUAUGACGUAAUUGAUGUGCCAGUCAAUCAUAGAUGUCUAUUAAA